AUGGGUAAUUUUCGUUUUCCAGUGAAGUUCAAACUUCCAUCUUCAUAUAUCAAUCAUAUGAUUUUACGUGAUCAUUUCAAACGUUUACAAUUUGCUGAACAUGAAGUCACUUCAAAAGCUUUAAAAUACAUUGCAAGAAAUACACAAUUACCACCAAGAGCUAGACUAGAAGCUCAACUACAGUUAGCUACCAUGCCAAAUUAUACCAGAUAUACCCAAGUUAGAGAUCGUUGUGUUAAUAGUGGUACCGCUAGAUCUGUCUUGAAAAAAUUCCGUUUGAAUAGAGUAAGUUUUGACCCUUGUUAG